GUAAAACAAUAAAUCGAAGCUACCCCUUUAAGAUUGAAUCUGUGAUAAGAGCAGAGAUCAUACAUAGCGCGGUCAUAGCAGGCCUGACAAGAAAACACCUGCAUUAUUAUUAUUAUUACUAUUAAUAUAAACCAUUCCGUCUACGUAGAUUGGUCGUUCGAAAGCACUUAAUAUUGUUUACCAAAGAAAUGGUGAUGGAGAAGCCAAGUCCCCUGCUAGUAGGGCGGGAGUUUGUGAGGCAGUAUUACACACUGUUGAACAAGGCGCCAGACUUCCUGCACAGGUUCUACGGGAGGAGUUCUUCCUAUGUUCACGGCGGCCUGGACGCCAGUGGAAAGCUGGCGGAAGCAGUGUACGGCCAAGCGGAAAUCCACAAGAAGGUCAUGUCCCUGCAGUUCAGCGAGUGCCGCACAAAGAUCCGGCACGUGGACGCCCACGCUACGCUCAGCGACGGCGUGGUGGUGCAGGUCCUCGGAGAGCUGUCCAACAACGGCCAGCCCAUUAGGAAGUUCAUGCAGACGUUUGUGCUCGCCCCAGAGGGUUCGGUGGCCAACAAGUUCUACGUACACAAUGACAUCUUCCGCUACGAGGACGAGGUUUUUUGUGACUCAGAAGCGGAACUCGAUGAAGAAUCAGAAGAGGAAGUUGAGGAGGAGCCAGAAGAGAGGCCGGCAUCCCCCGAGCCUCUUCAGGAGAGUCCCAACAGCGCCACCUACUACGAGCCUCACCCCGUCGCGUACGCUAAAACUUCACCAACUACUCCACAUUUCCUUGAGCCAAGGAAGUCAUUUUCUGCUUUGCUUUGCUCCUGCAGUAACGGAGUGGAGGAGCCCAUGGAGGAACCUGCCCCGGAACCAGAAAUGGAACCCGAGCCUGAGCCCAAAGUGGAGGAAAUAAAGUCUGAAGUCGAGGAGAAAGCUCUGGAAGAAAUGGAGGAAAAAGCUCCCUCGCCGGUCCUAGUGGAGUCGCCACCUAAUGCCCAGGAGCCGCCUAAGACCUUCUCUUGGGCCACAGUGACCAGUAAACACCUUCCUCCUUCGGGCACCACCUCUGGUAUCUCACCCCAUGUUGUUAAAGCGCCAAGCUCCCAGCCUCGAACUGAAGCCAAGCCAGAGACGCAAGCAGCGCCGCUAAGACCCCGAGACCAGCGUCCCAGAGACAGACCGACCUUCUCCCCACGUCCACCCCGAUCAGAUGGCAUGCCAUCCUCUGAGGCACAAACAGGGAAACCACAUUUAAGUUUCGUCAACAAAGGCGGUCGGGGUGAUGCUGAUUCGGGUGAAAUGGACACAAGGCGACCUGUACGCUACCCGGACAGCCACCAGCUCUUUGUAGGCAACCUCCCGCAUGACAUUGACGAGCUGGAGCUCCGAGACUUCUUCAUGACUUAUGGAAAUGUCGUCGAGUUGCGGAUCAACACCAAGGCCGUCGGCGGGAAGCUUCCUAACUUUGGAUUUGUGGUCUUUGACGACUCUGACCCCGUGCACAAGAUCCUGGGGGCCAAGCCCAUCAUGUUCCGUGGAGAAGUGCGUCUGAACGUGGAGGAGAAGAAGACGAGGGCGGCGCGCGAGCGUGACAACCGCGGAGACGAUCGGCGGGACACGAGGCGCAACGACCGAGGCCUGGGAGCCCCGCGAGGCAUGGUGGGAAGCGGCAUGAUGCGAGAGCGCGACGGCAGGGGACCGCCCCCUCGAGGCGGCAUGGCGCCCAAACCGGGCAUGGGCUCCGGAAGGGGCUCCGGCGGACCGGGCGAAGGUCGCUACGCCGCCACGCGUCGCUGAAAAACGCGGCGCCACCUGCAACGUGGAAGUAGUAACGUGUUCUUCAUCUUCAACCGUUCUACAUGUAUAAACGUAUAUUUGGGUUUUUUGGUUCAGUUUUUGGUUCUAUUUUUUUUUGUUUUGUUUGUUUGUUGCUUUCGGAAUGUGACACAGCCUGUCGAGCGUUUGAAGUAGACGAACAACUACACAAAAAUGUCGCUUAUUAGUUGUGAGCCGAGGAUCCCUUUUUUGGUAUCAAGAAAUCACAAACUUUAAUUUGUAAAUUUAGUGGACACCCAACCAGGAGUAAUCGACUACCUUUGUAGGAGGGACUGAGAGACUACCACUAAACAGCCCAGUAUUUGGAAAAAGAGAUUAUAUAUAGAGAGAAAUAUGCCUUGACUUAAGUGGUAAAUCCUUCUAUUGCACAUUUUCUACCUGCCCGUUACUGUUGAGAAACAGCAAGAUGCAAACGUUCCAAAGGGGAGAGGCCUGUCUUUUUUUUUGUUUAGUUUUUUUUCCUCGCCCUUUCCCCCGAGAGACCAUUGCUUCAAAUGUAUUGCAUAACGCACUCACCAAUAUGCACUCAUGGGUACUUUUUUUUUUUUUUUGUGGUGUUUCAUUGACAAGCUGGAGACGUAACGGGGCGGGCCUCGCUCACAGCCGCAAACUUCUGCUGUUGUACUUUUUCAACUCAAACUUCAAUUAUUGGCGCUGGAUGGACAAGAGGACUCGACCUUGAUAAACUUAACAAUCCUGGAUUUUUAUUUUUUUUUUCUUUCUCUCCACCAAACAAGUGACAGUGUGUGUGUGUGUGCUGCGAGGAUAAAGGUGACAACGAUGGCGGCUCGGUCUGGGUUCUUUCGGUUCCCCUCUCCCGUCUGUCUUCACAAUGUGAAAGUGACAGAAUAAAUGUACAGCAAAGUUUACUUUAUUGCUUUUCCUUUUCACUCGGUUGAAAUGAAAAAAAAAAAAAAAAAGGUGCCUUCUACUUUCACUUUCUCUUUCCUAUAGCGACUUCAUUUUUGGAUAAUACAAAAGUUGCAGUAUUUACAAGGAUUCUACUUUUCUGCUGAGGUUUUUUCCCCCCCCGUGACUUUGUUGUGUUUGCUCCUAUCUGGCCCGAAAAAGGUACAUUUAAAGCUGUGACAGCGCCACAAUUCAAAACCAAACCAUCUUUUUAAUGUUCUUUUUGUCCUCCAAAUACAAUUUUGUAACACGCGUGUGUGUGUGUGAUUGGGCUGGCUGUGUUUGCAGCCGACUUGACUCGGCAAAUACUUUUAUCAACUUUCUAGCUGUCGGUGCAUAUGUAUUUUUCAUAUUGCUGGUUAUUCAUUGUGCAUAAAAUAUAAUUGUUUUUGUUGCUUUUUUUGGCUGGGAAGGACAGUAUGAGAUGUUUUUGAUUUGUUUGAAUCUUGCACUGAAAAGGGGAAAGUGAUGUAGCAACUUUAUUUUCCUGGAUAAAUGCGCUAAUGAGGUCUUCCUUAUCUGGUGGUAUAUUGCACUAUUUUCCAAACAUUUCUGGGACAAUCUCUUUUUUGCCGCUCGGAACACAGUCUCCUCCCAAAUUAACUGUAAUAAUCUGCAUAUUUUUCCACACGUGAGCUAGUUUUGAUAAAUGCUUUUCCUUUUUAUGAGCUUAUAUGUGACAGCUCAGUUUGUCAGGUGUUUUUUUUUUUUUUUUAUCUUCACAAAAACAAUCUGUAAAUUUGUUAUUUUAUUCCUCCCUGAUUGAGAUCGCAGUCGGCUGGUGAAUGAUUCCAGUCCCUUUUUUUUUUUUUUUUAAACGGAAAUAGAAGUUUACUGUGUUGGCUGCCAUCGUUUAAUUGUUGCUAUAGUAUACAACAGUUUGCAGGUGUAUGAUUUUUCUUUUGUUUUUCCAUUUUGAAUGUCAGACCUAAUAAACUACUGAUAUCACAGCGCCACUCAUA